CGCGGAAGAGAUGUACAUUGUCUCCACGCCACGCCGCCUUCCCGAAACUUGGAGCCAUCUCGAACGUGUUACUUCUGCAGGCGGGAAAGCUUGGGGACACACGUCGCCAUGUCGCACCACAGCACUGACAGGAGGCAGGCAGGCAGUCCUACUUCUACGGCCCUGUUUCCAUUUCCUACCACCUCGCCCGUCCCACGCCUUCGCCUCUCCUGCCUCUAGCUCGAUCUCGCUACGCCGUUCGGGCGCUACUUCCUCGACACGAUGAGCCCAAUGAGAGAUGUCUCUCCUAUAGGCACUUCCCGCUUCGAAGCGCCCUAUGAAACUACCUCGGCCACUACUUCUCCCACGAGCAAUACGUUACCCUUCAGCAAGAGAAUCCGGCAACCGCAGCCCUCAGAUUCGCUCUUCUCCAGCGACACCGAAGCCGACACCGCGCCCACCAGUAUGAUUUCCUCCUCCUCACAAGAUCAACUUGACAGUCCGACAAGCCCGAUAAGCGUGGUCACGCCAGAAGAAUGGUUCGCGCGAUUCCAUUCAGACUCUGAUCUCGACGCCCUCGACUCCGACGAAUGCCCUGAUCGCGAAACGUUGGCCGAAGUCCAAGACAUUCCCAUAUACGACGCAGAAGGCAAUUCAAGAACCUUCGGAUCCCUCUACUACGACCCCUCUGGAUUGAACUACCAACGCCAACUGAUCAUCUUCGUCCGACACUUCUACUGCGGAGCAUGUCAAGCAUACCUCAAAGCUUUGACUGAAAGCAUUUCCAUGCAAGAAUAUUUCUCAAUCCCAAUCCCAACCCAAAUCAUCGUCAUCGGAUGCGGACAACCGGACCUGAUUCCUCAAUACAGAAAGUUCAGCGGCGAUUGUCCGUUCCCCAUGUUCGCGGAUCCGUCAAGAAUGCUGUUUAAGAGAUUGGGGAUGAAGAGUACUUUGAAUAUCGGUCGAAGUCGACCAGAGUAUAUGAGGAAUAUCGGCACCGCGGCCUGGGCGAAUGGACAAUUCGUGACUGUCAAGAGGAGUCUUCAAGAUCCGGACGGCAUCACGAAGAGAGAUGUUCUGCGAGGUGGACAGCCGUUGCAGGUUGGUGGGGAGUUCUUGUUUGAGGAGGGACAGAUUGUCUGGUGUCAUCGGAUGAAGAACAUGCGUGAUCAUGCUGAGGUGAAGGUUAUUCGAAGAUUACUAGAGUUGGAUGAUGGUUGAAGUGGCCGCGAUGAAUCUCUUAUCACCGGUUGAGUGCCCGGUCUCAGCUGCUUCGACGUGCCUCCGCACGAAAGAUGACCUCCGAAGUACCCGAUUAUGGGAACCCAGCACAUACCUCGCCAAACGGAUCACAGUGAAAACUAAGAUCCCGCAUUCUGUCCACCACAGCCCUCCGAACAACAACAUGAGCCCGACGAUUUCUGGCAUCAUGAACAUUGCCGCUACCAGAAUUUGCAGAGCUGUUCGUGGGUCCAUCCAAAUUCUCCAGAGGAGGCAAGCGCCGUCGAGAAUCAACAACGCGAGCCAUUUCAUAGGUGUUGUGCCUAUCGUAGCGCAGUCGAGGCACGUCGAGAGGUCGUUAGAAUGUGAGUGGUGGACGAAAGUAAGGAUAUGAGGACCCGGGAGCGCGAUGAUUCCGUUUUCUUUCUUGAAAAUCGAAAUUUGUUGCAGUAUUCG